GUCUGUCUCCUUUUUAUGGCGAUCGACAGGACUUUAAAGACGUCACACAACAGUCCUCGCCUCGUUUUUCUAAUCCACUGCCACUGGCCAUUGUACGGCAUAGUAAGGAUGGACACAAUGUUGAUUUUACAUUCAUCCCAACACAGCCACAGUCAUACAUAAGUGCAGGCCCCCCAUAAUCCAUUACAUACAUAAAGACAGCCCUAUGUCCCUGAUAGGUAUGUACACGAUGGCAUCUCCGUCAAAUUAAAUAAGGAGUAACCUGAGACCACAAUGCAAAAACGAAGAUCUCACAAGAAAUCGCGCAACGGGUGCCAGAACUGUAAGAGGUGGCACACGAAAUGUGACGAACAAGGACCGCCGUGCAACAACUGUACACUCCGAAAGGCCAAAUGCGUCUACACUCGGCCGAACAUUGAGAGCACUCCAGGUGGUGGUGGUAUUCUCACCAUACGUUCCAAGGAGAGACAAGCAGCGAGAUGUCCCACGUCUGUGGAACGGCCGCAAGGCAACAUAGGCGCGCUGUGCUCCGCCUACGGGGGACCAAGUAGAUUACUGGAGCUGGAGUUGAUGCACCAGUGGUCAGUCUCAACGUAUAAAUGUUUCGUAGGCAUACCCGAAGACUGCGACUACCUACAAGUUGCACUACCGCGCGCUUCCCUCCAGUACGACUUCAUGUUGAAUUGCAUCAUGGCCAUCUCAUCCUUGCAGAUCGCCAAGUCCGUCGGGGAGUCGCAUUCCGCCAAGUACGUCAACGCUGCGCUGGAGUUCUACAAUAGGGGCAGCAGCUCGUUCCGGACGCAUUUGGGGAGCCUGAAUGCCGAUAACUGCCACGUCCUUUACAUGUUUUCCGCCAUUGCCGUGGCCGUCCACCUGGCGAUACCCCAGCGCUCCGCCAGUGUGAUCGAGAUGGUGACGGUCGCGUUCGACCUGAUGAAUGGCAGCACUAGCAUUGGGAUGAUGGGCAUGCCGUGGCUUCUCGGCAGCCAGUUCCCCUUGCGCCUUUUCAUAAAUCGUCUUGGCGCGUCGAGUGACCUGAUAGAUCCUGAUACCCGAGUUGCCUUGGCCAGGCUACGCUCUCUUAACGACCAGUUGCAUAACCCUAACGAGGGCACAGAGACGCUUGGAGUAGCUGCGCUAAACAGCCAUGAGCUGUUUGGGCUAGCUAUCCAUUAUCUCGAGAUGUGCUUUGCGGAAGAGACGAAGGGUAUGGUGAGAGGAUUCGGCACCGCGUUCCCUUCGCUGGUCGGCAAGCAUUUCACUGCACUUCUCAGCAAAUCCGACCCGUUCGCUUUCCUCAUAACAACGCACUGGGCUGUGCUGUUGAAUACGCUGGAUAAGGACUAUUGGUGGAUGGAAUCGAUAGCGAAAAAGUUCGUGAUGGAGGCGUCGGUCUUGUUGACGAAACCGCUCUCCCUAGAGUCGCUGGAUUGGGAAGAUGCUGUAUCAUGGGUCCUAGAUCGUAUUGGUUUAGCAACGCCUCUUCCUUUAGAAUUAACUUACGGGACUGAUGCUGAUAUAUUAGCGAUUGAGGACAUGAUAUACGGAGAGUCUUCUGGAGUUUCCUCGGCCAGUCAAUGAACUUUUCAUGGAUGGGCAGCGAAACCCUUUAUGCUUCUCAGGGGAAUAAGGCUACGUCUCUUCUCUGUUCUUUAUCAAAUUACCUACGAUACACCGGGUAUUCAACUCCCAUCAAUUAUAAUCCA